UUAGUUUUGUUCGGUAAUUCGGCGCGUAAGCAGCAAGAAAAUUAGAAUUUUCCGUAUUAGCGCAUUUUUGCAGGCAAUAAUCGCCAGACUCGCAGCAGAAAAGCGUUUAAAUAAAAUACAAAAACAACAAAUAUUCAACUGAGAGUCGUUCGUCGUGUAUUACGAGUCAGUCGUGUGUCCGCGCGAUUUUGUGUUUUUUUUUCGAAUUUUGUUUUAGUAUUCCUCGUGUUGUUGUUUAUUGCCGGCAAUUUAGCGCCCAAAAUGGUGGGAGCGUAAAUUAGAUUGCGAGAGCGCGCGUGAGAACGUAUAAAACUAGAAAAAACACAAUAAAAAUAAUACUAAUUAAAACAAAAUCAAAUCGGUUUAAUAUCAAUUCGUGUAUUUAAGUAUCUCCCAUGGAUGCAGCUGAGUGCCGUGCGAAAACACUAAAGUGAGCGAAACAUAAAUACUCGUACCUAUCUAACGGUAAUAGUGAGUGUUCACGUUUUCUCGGCACACUCGUGCAUUAUUUUGGAUUUGCACGUCGGCAAUAAUGUAAUGAUUACUCUCCAGCAAUUGUAUUUGAAUUUGUCUGAAAACAAAUUCUGGAUUUAUUGACAAUUACUUCGUAAAGUUGCUGUAAUAUUUCGCUGCUGGUUUACUUCCUCAACGCUCGCAUCGGGGCGCCUGGCCAUUGUGCUCCAAAAGCGUCUGACGGCGAAUUCGUUUCAGUUGGCGUGCGCUGAUCAAUUGACGUUGACUUGGUGAGAUCGCUUGUCGGCCAAGUACAUAUAUACUUAGAAAUACGUACAUAUAUACAUAAAUAUAUAUGUAAAUAUAUACUAGUGCGGCGUGUGCAGUGUUGAAAGAUCAAAGCGCCUAAAUUUUGAAAAUUUCGCAAAAAUUGGAACUUCUCAUGAAAGGAAAUUGCGCAAAAAGUGUUUAAAGUGUUUUUUGUUUUUGUAAUUACAAUAGUGUCUGUCUGCAAUAUGCGCUGAAGUGUCACAGUGUGCUACAAAAGUGUGCGUUCGGUAAUAAAAAAUAAUAAUAAUAAUAACAACAACAAAAUCUUGUAAAUUUACCUACAUAUAAACUUGAGUAAUUAGUGUUGUGCAAAAUUGCGUUGCAAAUGCCCAAUGUAAGGCAUUUCCGGCGCUGCUAAACAAGCUAAAACCGUCUAAAUUGACUUCGCCCAGUUUUGUGCAGUGUCUGUGAGUGUAUAUGUGUUAGUGUUUGUGUAGUAGUGUAGGCAGUGUUUGUGCAAAAGAAGUGCUUGAAAUAAUGAAAUAUACUAAAUACAACAAUCAUUGUAUUUUGCUUGUUGAAAAAACAACAACAACAAUUUAAAAAAUUACAACAACAAAUGCGAAUUUAAUUGAAGUGACGGAUUUAACCUUCAGCAAAAAAAAUCAUACUUAGGUGUUUUUAAGAAUUACAACAACAAUAAAAAUUGUAUGUAAAAAAUUACAACAACCACAAAAAAUAAUAAUUUAAUUGAAUCACCAAAAUCAUAAUAAAAUCAUACUUAAGUGAAUUAAAAAAUUACAAAACAAUAACAACAACAAAGUUUUAAUAAUAACUUACAACAACAAUAAUAAAAUUUUAUUAAAUCAACAAAAUCAUUAAAAAACCUUACUUAAGUGUAUUCAAGCAUUGCAAUAACAACAACAAAGUUUUUAUUGAAAACUUACAACAACAACAACAAGAAUAUAAAUUUUAUUGAAUCGAAAAAUAAUAAAAAGUCCAACAACAACAAAAACUUCCAAUUGCUUUAGUGUAGUGUCCAUGUGUAUUUUGUGUUGCAUUGGUGUUAGUGUUACCGAUUUUUCUGGUCGCGAGUGUGUGUGUGUCUUUCUACAACAACAACAACAACGCAAUUAACCACCGCCAACAAUCAAGCAGUCGCCACUAAACAGCUUAGCGGCCUAAAAUAACAAUCAUCAUCAGAAACAAUAACAACAACAACCGAUCAUCAUAACAAGCAACAACGACGAGGCGUGUAAACUAAAGCUACGGAAUUCCAAAAGUAACUUCAACGCUUGAGUCCACCAACAAAGCGCUGCCAUUCUAAGCGUAAGAAGCGCAGAAUAAGCGUUUUCUCAGAGCUUUGAAAUUGAUUUUGCUCCAAACGCGCCGACACGCAACUACAUAUAUACAUAUUUACAACAACAACAACAAAAAAUAAUUAUUUUUAUUGUACUCACAAACAAUAACAACAAUCAAUGCUGGUCGCUGGAUGGCUUAAAUAUGGAUAUUUCAAUUAUCACCUCCUCCAUAGCGGCUGCGUUUAGACGCGGCAUAGCUGCCAAAUCAUUUGCCGCCGCUAAAAUGAGUUUCUCCGUGGUAGCGAGCACUCGUUUAUCGCUGGAAGACACGCUACACAAAAAAUGACAGGAAAGCAGUGACCAACUGACACACAUUUGUUGUUGGAGAAUUUGCAAAAAUAUAUUAAAAAAUGUAGCAUUUUUGCAAUCGCAAAUAAAGAGCAACAAAUAAAUAAAUAAUAAUCAAGGAGAAGUAAAUGUAGCGAAAACGCACAAUAUCAAAUAAGUAAGAAGAAGUAAAAGCAAAAAUAAAACACAAAAAUACGCACAUUUGGCAAUAAAGCGUAUAAAGAGAGCAAAGUAGGUGUGUGUAAAAUACACAAAAACGAGAUAAAGUUAGUAAAGAAAGUAGAAGUAAGAAGAAAGUGGAGUGCAAGGUGCGAAGGAAAAUAAUUCGUUUUGAACAAGUGAGAAAAGAAAAGCCUUCAAAAUUAAACGCAACAAUAAGAAGAAACCCCACAGCAAUCAUCCAUCCAGUUUGAUGAAAAACAUGGACAAAAAUGCCGGCGGCGACGGCAGCGAUGGUAAAUCGGGUGUCGGCGUCGGUCUGGGUGGGGGCGGCAGUGGUAAGGCCGGCUCUAGCGCCAGUGGGGGCGGUGGAGCCGGAGUGCACGAUCCCUCCGCAUUGUUGGAUGCUGCCUCGCUAUUCGCUUAUUGGGGCCGUGAUCCAACAAGCGCUGCCGCAGCCGCUUCCAAUCCGCUAUUCAAUUCACAAUUCAAUGCUGCCGCAGCAGCCGGCUUGGGCUUGUUGCAGAAUCCGGCUAGCGCAGCAAAUGAUCGAUAUUCGAUAGCAGCUGCUGCAGCGGCCGCCGCAUCACAUCAUCAUCAGAAUACCAUGGCAGUGGCGGCAUCUCAGGCGGCCAGUUUGGCUAGUCUGCAUCCAGCAAGUGAGUUAAACUGUUGGUGGUCUAUGGCCCAACUGGCAGCUCAAGACUAUUUCACCCGCCUGCAAGCUUCCGGCCUCUCGCCGUUCGCACAUCCUGAUGUGAUGGCCGCCUUUGGGCCAGCAGCACUGGGUCUUGGCGGUGCGGCCGGUACCGGUGGUACAGGCGUCAACAGUGCUGGUGGCGGUGUCGGUGCUCUGGGUGCCGGUACGGGUGGCAGUAAUGUUGGCAGUGGCAGCAGUUCUUCGUCAAGCAGUAAAUCAAGUAAAUCCCGCAAAGAGAAACGUCAGCAACAGCAGCAGGCUCAACAACAGCAACAACAGAAUUUAGCUGCAGCUGCAGCGGCGGCAGCAGCCGCGGCUGUUAGUGCUAAUCCGGCCGCGGCUUUGGCUGGCAUGCACGGUUUGGUGGGUGCGGGCGGUUCGCUUAACCCCUCCUCGAUGGGUAUGGGUGGUAGUGGCAGUACAGGCAAUACCACUGGUGUUGGUGGUAGCAGUGGCGGCAGUAGUUCGUCGUAUAAAUCGAGUUCAACCAGCUAUAGCAAACCAUCUGUGAGUCCGGUUUUACCGCCGCCACCCGGUUCGGCAUACGAUCCGGUGCAGCUGCACAAAGAAUUGUUGGCAAUGCAAGUGGCAGCCGCGUCUGGUGGCUCUUCCAGUUCCUCAUCGUCGAAGAAAUCCUCAUCACAUCAUCACACACAGUCUCACCAGAGCAGCAGCAACAACAAUAGCGGUGGUGGUGGUAUCGGCGGUGGCAGUGGUGGUAGCAGUGGCUUAGGCAUGUCCAGUGGCGCUUCCUCUUCGCUUGGCGGCAGCAACAACAAUAACUCUAAUAAAAACUCACCCAUGAGUAAUGUCGGCAAUGCGGCCAUGCAUCAUUUGAGCGCUUUGGGUGGCAAUGUGGGCGGCAGCAAUUCCACGGCGCAUCACAUAAAUGCGUUAAUGUCGCCGCACGGUUCAUUGGGUGGCAGCAGUGGCAUGGGCAGCGGUGGCAGUAAUAUGGGUGCUAGCAGUAGUGGUGGCAGCAAUAGUUCGGCUUCGAGCAGUAAAGCAGAACGUGACAAGAAUAACGCUUCGUUGAAUGCGCUCAGCUCGCUUUCGCAGUUCGGUGCGCUCGGCAUGAGCCCACAGCAGAGCAUGCAGGCCGCAAUGAAUGCGUUCGCCGCAUCCAACCCUGCAGCUGCGGCCGCAGCAGCAGCAGCCGCGUCGGCAGCGGUCGGUGGUGGCAAAGGUGGCAAAGAUUACAUGCCAAGUGGUAUACUCAGUGCUGCACUGGAAGGAAACGAUCACCAAUCCUUACUGGGUGUACGACUGCCGCCCGAUACGGAGAUUAUCAAGUAUACAUCAUCGAUUGUUGGUCCCAAAAUACCCGGUACUACUUCACGUGGUCGCAAGAAAACUAUUUCUGACGAACAACAACAGCAACAACAAUUACUCGCACAACAACAACAACUGCAGCAACAGCAAUUGCAAAAGCAGGAGUUGGACGCCACAAAUGCGCUCUCCUCGCUACUCUCCAUACCGGGACUGAGUCCGGCUAAGCGUGCACGCCUUGAAAUGGAGUAUGCUGCAAUGGCGGCAGCGGUGAAUGUAGCACAACAGCAACAACACCAGCAGCAGCAGCAACAACAGCAGGCGCAACAACAACAGCAGCAGCAACAAGCGCAACAACAGCAACAGCAGCAACAACAGGCGCAGCAACAGCAACAAGCACAACAACAAUUGCAACAACAGCAUCAGCAUGCUUUGAAUGUUGCCGCAGCUAGCGGUUUUGGUGGUAUCGGUGUUGGUGGCACAAAUACCACUACCGCAGCACAAGCAGCAGCAGCGGCGGCAGCUGCAGCGGCAGCGCUUGGACAAUUGAGUGGUCCGGCCGCAGCGGCAGCUUUGAGUGCCAGCGGACUUGGGAUGGGUGCACCGAUGGGCUUGUCCGGUCUCGGAGGAUUGGGUGCUUUGGGCGGCUUAGGCAAUCCAACCGGUCGUCUGGAUCCGCAUACACUGGGCGCAACCACUCUUAGUGCCACGCCUAGCAAUAGUCGUGACUCAUCGACGGACCGUGUUGAAGUGAUAAAACUACCGCCAACGAUCACCUCGAACGGCGCCUACAAUUUAUCGAAUAAAAACAAAGACUUGCUUGAUUUAACGGGCGACAAUAGCAGCGGUGCUGGUGUGAAUCUCAGCAUGAAAUCAUCCAGUUCCACUGCCACGACUAAUGCCACAACAGCAUCGUCAGCGCUAAUCGGUACCGCGGCCAAUCCCAUAAUGAUCGAGGAUUACGAUGCGCCAUUGAAUUUGUCCAUGAAACCCGCUGAUAAACAGAGUUCCUCCGCCUGCAUGUCAUCCUCGAUGGUGGGCGGCAGUAGCGACUACAAUAGUCCGGUGAAUAUGGGCGGCACUGUGGCGGUGCCUGCCGGCAGUGGUGGUUCGAAUAGUUUACAAAGCUUGACUUCGAUUACAGCAGCGCUGGGCGGUGGUAGUAGCACACCGCUGCCUGGUAGCGGCGCCAGCAGUAGUGGUGGCAAUGCGGGCAGUAGUGGUUCGGGCGGUUCCAGCGGCGGCGGUGGCGGUAGUGGUGGUGAACGUUCAGGGCAACCGCCUUUUAAGGAGGGGCGGCCGCGCAAUCUCGGACGCGGCGUGUCGAAACCGAAGAAAAACACCGUCGCCUCAUUGCUGGCACAGUCACGUGCUGUGGGCAUCAAACCGAUGCUAGCCACUCAGCAGUUGCUGCAGCAAGGCGCUGAUUUGGAGAAAAUCCGUCAAGCGCUAAAUGAAGCGAAUGCACAACUGGAUCUUUCGACCGACUCCGAAAGCGUUGCCGCCGAAAGUGGGCUCUCCGAGUCGGAGAGCGAAGAUGCCAACAUUCUAAAUGUAACCGAACUACGUGUGCCACUCGAUUUGGGUUGGAAGCGAGAGACAGUCAUACGUGGCCUAACCAAAGCGGGCCAGAUACGCGGCGAAGUCGUUUACUAUGCGCCUGGUGGCACAGUGCCGCUAAAGAACAUUGGUCAAGUGAUCUCUCAUUUGGAGAAGAAUCCAUCGAAGUUGACGCGUGACAAUUUCAGCUUUUCUUCACGUGCUAUAGUCGGUUCAUUCCUACAACCCGCACCACCGCCAUACGCCAACGAUGGCGAGUACAUACGCAUGACCGAUGAAGAUGUGGCGAAGCGUUUGGAGGAUUUGAAAAUAUUCACACGUCAAACUCUGAAUGUCGAGCAACGCAUCGAGAUUGCUAAGCAACAACAGGCCAUACGCGAUGCGAAGAAACAGCAGAAGGAGGAAAUGGCGCGCAACAAGGAAAAAGCACGGCAGGAAAAAAACGAGAAGCUUGAGCAGCAACGAAAAGAAAAGGAGUUAAAAAACCAGCAAAUGAUUGAGGCGCGCAAGAAGCGUCAAGAAGAACUAGAACGUAUCAAGCAAGAGGAGCUGCUCAAGAAACAACAGGAAAAAGAAAAGAAACGUCAAGAAGCUAUUUUAGCUAAAGAACAGGAACUCCAAAAACAAAAAGAAGCGUUACUUGCUGCCGAAAUGGAACGUGAACGCCGUCGUCAACAUAUGGCACUUGUGCGUCAGCUGGAGGCGCGUCGCAAGUUUGUCGAGCGUGAGAAGAAGAAGCAUCAAAUGAUUUUAGACCGUCUGAUAUUACGUGAGAAACGUAUGGCUAUACGAAAGCGUGAUACUGAAAUUUUAGCACAAAUAAGAAAACCCAAUGAGGACUCUGAAGUUGCACAUCCAUACGAGUUACCCGAAUUGGAACGCAUUGGAGGAAAUCGUUUGCCUGGGCAAGCGAUGGCUGAUCUGUUGAUGGUAUACGAGUUCUUGCAUAACUUCGGCGAAACCUUAGGAUUUGACAUGGAGUCACUGCCCAGUCUGCAGAAUCUGCACGAUGCACUGAUUAGUGACAGCAAUCCCGACGCGGAGGAAGAGCUGCUAUCUGUGAUGACUCAUUUGCUGGUGUGCGCCAUCGAGGAUCCGGGCAUACCGAAUCCGGGACGUCACACCACACUGCUUGGACAAUCGCUGCGUAACGCGGACAUCACGAAUUCGAAUGUUUCGGAGAUAUUACGCAUUUAUCUGUACGCCACCGCUACCGGUGAGAUACGUCAACUGCACGGUAUAACAAUGGAUCGUGAGCGCGAGCGUCGCAUACCCGAUCACCAUCAGGUGGACGCCGAUACGGCUUCGCAUUCCGGUAAAAAUGCCGAAUACUAUAAAUUGUUACAUGAAAACGAGACUUGGAAAUUAUCGCAUUCCCUGAAGAAUCGUCCGUUCGUCGCAUUGAAUCCCACACGAAAGGCACAAAUACUCGCACAUCUCUGUAACGACCUGCUCAUGAAUAAGGCAGUGUUGAAACAGAUCGACGGCAGUUUAGAAACAUGCGCGCAGAUGCGCAAAGAGCGAUAUAUGACCGACAUGAAGGUGCGCAAGUACAAAGCGCUGCAUCAACGCAAGGCACGUAUUGAGGCCUACGAGAAGGCACAGGCCGAACGCGAGGCCGCAAUGCAAGCAGCUAUUGCCGCACAGCAGAAAGCCGAUGCCGAGCGCAUGCAGAAGGAGGCAGAGGCAGCAGCGGCGGCAGCCGAAGCCGCAGCGAAUGCCGCAGCGGCCGCGACCACUAAUGCUGCGGAACAGGAGAAACAGUGUGAAGAGAAUGAUGGCGAUAGCGGGGCAGCAGUUGAUGGGGCCAAUGGUGGCGAAACCCCGGCUAAUAGUAACACUAAUAACGCCUCACCGGUUGAUGCGGAACAUAAUAACAACAACAGCAGCGGGGCCACUAACAAUGGUGAGCAUCACAACAAGAACGAGAACGAUAUAAGCGCAGCAAAUGUCGAGAAAAUGGACGUUGAUGGCGAUGUGACCAUCAUAAAUAAUUGCGAUGAAGCUAACACCGUGAAAAGCGAAAAGGAUAAUCAAUCACUACCUUUGCCCGCGGACGCUGGUGCACCAGCCAUAGUUGGCGCGAACAAUCUGGCUGAUUCAUCAUUGCCACAUGGGCUGCCCACGCCCGCGUUACCCAAUGUCUUCGAUGGACUUAAAUACGAUGUGAGUCCCACAAAGAGUUACAACAGUGACAAUGCGGUCACACCCAACAAGCAGGCGAAGCUAGAUGAGUCCGUUGUAUGUGUGCCUGCUUACCAGAACGGCAUUGCUAGCAUGCCAGCUGGCUUGCCGGGCGUUUGCACUACAACCGCAAUGGCACACGCUGCAACGCCGUCCGAUUUGAGUAAUCUGUUGCCGAAGAAGGCGGGCAACGAUGACCAGCCAAUAUCUACGGAUGUGGGACUGGACGAUGAUCUCAGCGAUUUGGAAUCGGAUAUUACAAAUGUUGAGGAGGACGAGGACACGCGUUUGAGUGCCGAUGAGCUGCAAAAGAAACUCGACAAGAUCUUGCGUGCGUCCAUGAAUUGCAAAGAGCUGCUCGAGAAGAGCACCAAUCAGUUGCGUGCCACAUGUUUCGGACAAGAUCGUUUCUGGCGACGCUAUUGGAAGUUGCCGAAGGCAGGUGGUAUCUUCAUUGAAGCGUUGGAAUCUGCACAGAACGAUAUAUUCCACUAUCAGGAAAUUUUGGAAGUGGAGGCUGAGGAGGCGCGUGCCGCUAAACUAUUGAACGGCGAAAGUGAGGCUAAGCAGGAGUGCAAGGAAGAGGAUGCCGAAGAGGCUGAUGACGAAGGUGCAGACACAGAGAAUGCCGAUGAAGGCGCUGAAGUCGAUUCUAAGGAGAGUGGGAACGCAUGUAAAAAUACUGAGGAGGAAGAUAAAAGCAUGGAAGCCACAGCUACAACGUUAACAGCGAAAGAGUCUGAGGAAAAGAUGCAAGUCGAUGACGUAGCCGAAGUGACCACACCCACUCCAAGUGUCAUCAACAACAACAACAAUACCAAUGGUAAUGUCUGCAACAUGACACCUACAGCGGUGAUUGACGAUGACGACGAUGACGUUGUGUUGACCAGCAAAGACGAACCGGAGAUUGUUGAUUUGCGCGAUGAUGAUGACGACGAUGAUGACGUCGUACACACCGCCACCAUACCGGCGCCGAAGCGCAUGGACAUUGAUGUGGACAACUACAUGAGCAAAAAGCCACAUGUCGAUGCGGCCACCAUCUCCACCAAGACCGACUUUGAGGCAGAGAUCAAAAUACCAGCCAUACCAGCUCAAUUCAAUGCAGCCAUUGCCGCUGCUGCCGCCGCCGCAGCUGCUGCAGCCAAUGCCAAUGCCACAAAUACCACGGUGACAAAUGCUAUUGGCGAUAAAAACUGUGAUAAAAAUGAGAUUGCAAUGUUGACGUCGUCAGCGUCUGGUUCAGCGUCGCCGAUGACGAUGCCAACACCGACAUCAACUCCAAUGCCGAUGCCAAUGCCAUUACCGAUGCCGCUGCCAGCAGCAACGGGCUUGCCAGUUAGCGCCAACAACACAAUAGUCAGCUACAACAGCAAUAACAACAGUAUCAACACAAUAACCAGUGGUACAGGCAGCACCGUUGGUGUAAUGGAUGUGAGCAGCACGACAGCCGCGAUUAUAGAUAGCGUCGUGAAGGCCGAGGACUUAAAGAAGGAGGACGACUGCAUUAUCGUGUCGGCCACGAGCGGCGAUGAUGCGCUCUUCAAACAGCCGGUAAAUGUCUCAGAUAAGUGGUUCUCGAUAUUCGAUCGCGAAUUGCCAUUAAUGUCGACCGAGCCGAUGGAUGAAGCCAGUCUCAAAGAGUACAAGAUGUCUAUCGCAAAUAUCUCAUGCGACUCUCUCUUCCAGACACAGGGCCAUCCGUGGGAGGUGCAGAAUGUCGUACCAUUUUUCAACGUGACACUGGACGAAUGCAAAGUGGACCCGACGAAAUUCGUGCAGGAGUGCAUACUCUCGCUUUCGGGCCUCGAUGAGAAACAGAUGGAGGCGAAGAUACGUGAAUAUGAGGAAAAAAUGGUAUUGGCAGCGAGCGCGCCAUCCGAAGGCGCAGAUGCAGAUACAGCGGUGGCAUCACCGUUUGACUCAAAAAACUGCCUUCCUCGUCAGCGAUUAAAGAGUGAGGAAGCCGCGGAGAGCGGUGAUGAGGAGGAAGAGGAUGAGCAAAAGUACGAAAGUGACUGCAAACCAUCCACCUCGGCGGCGGCUGCUGCGAAAUCAACCUCGUCACCAGUCAUCAAAACCGACGCAGUGAAAAGUGAGGAGAAUGAUGAAGAACGCACCGAAGAGAAGAAAUUCUUUCCAUAUUUAAAUGACACAAAAGUCGAGAGCGGUGUUGAUUGUAAGCCGCACAAGGACGUCAACGAUGCUGCCGCCGGCGAAGCCAAAGAGCACGACUUCAACACAGUCAGACUGGAAAUACGCAUGGACGAUAUCGCCGGCAUGUCCAUACAGAAUUUAGCCAAUAUGUCACUGCAAAAUCUCACCACAUUCCUGCAAUACGACGUGCAAACGCCGCUCUCAAUGACACCGGAAGAGCAACUGCAAUUGGAGAAGGUGAAGAAGGAGGGUUUCCCCAAAAAGUUGGUCGGUUCAUAUGUAUCACGUGACCGACGCUACGGCUGGUGGAAAGUGGACACCUUCGAAAUGUUGCAGCGCGUCAUCGAUUCGCUCGAUCCGAGUGGUUUACGCGAACGCGAUUUGCAAGAGAAUCUCUUACGCUUCAUGCAACAAGAAGAUCCGCCCACCAUCGGCAUCAAAUAUCCGUUAGCCAGCAAACCCGGAGAAGAUGUGCCAUAUCUGCAACCGGACAAGCCACACGACUGGAAUCCCAAGAUAGCCAAACGCACCGAACUGGCGCUGCUCGAUCAACUCGAAGCGCUGGAGGACAAAAUCGCCAGUGCCUCCAUGCAACUGAAGAACUGGCAGCUACCGCCGCGCAUCGAAAACGAGAUCAAUCUCGAGUUGGAGGAUGUCACCGAGGAAGAUUUCAUCAGCAUCAUACCAAUGAUACGCGAACGCAUCAUCGAUCUGGAGGCGAACAUUGAGCGUCGCUACUUGAAACCGCCGCUCGGCUCGCAAACCGGCGACGCGCAUUUGGCAGUGAUCGCACAAAAUCAGCACACCACCACACAGACACAGAACUCGGCGGCCGCUGCAGCGUUCCUCUUGCAAAUGCAACAACAACAGGCAGCUGCCGCACAACAACAACUCAUCAAUAUGCAAUCACAACAAACCCAGAACGUCAUCAACGCGUCGGCAUUCAAUGAGCGCGCUAUGGCUAUAGCGGCUGCCAAUGCCGCCGCAGCCGCUGCUGCUGCUGGCAAUGCGAGCGGCGAUGCUGCGGGCGGUCACACAGCCAAUACGAGCGGCAACAAUUCGGGCGGCGAUUCUCCGGCAAGCAAUUGUGACAGCGAGAAGGACGAGAAGGUGGAGAAUGUGCCGAAGGGCUUGGCUUCGUGGCGUGAUGCAGUCUCACGUUCGCACACCACCGCACAGCUGGCGAUGGCGCUCUACGUGCUGGAGUCGUGUGUGGCCUGGGACAAGAGCAUAAUGAAAGCGUACUGUCAGUUUUGUACAUCUGGCGAGAAUGAGGAUAAAUUGCUGUUAUGCGACGGCUGCGACAAAGGCUAUCACACCUAUUGCUUCAAACCGAAAAUGGACAAUAUACCCGAUGGUGAUUGGUAUUGUUAUGAGUGUGUCAAUAAGGCGACGAACGAACGCAAAUGCAUUGUCUGCGGUGGUUUGCGGCCCUCACCCGUUGGUAAAAUGAUCUAUUGCGAUUUGUGUCCGCGUGCCUAUCAUGCCGAUUGCUACAUACCGCCGUUGUUGAAAGUGCCGCGCGGCAAGUGGUACUGUCACGGUUGCAUCACGAAGGCACCACCGCCGAAGAAGCGCACGAGUAGCAAGCCGCGACGUGAUCGUGACUCCUCAAAGCGACGCGAUCGUCAUAGCAACUCGUCAACAUCAUCGAACAUAGAUUUGCAACAACAACACCAACAACAGCAGCAACAACAUCACCAGUACCAACAUCAGUCACAGCAUCAACAACAACACCAUCAAUUACAGCUCCAACAACAGGCUGCGGUUCUAGCGCAGGCGCAGGCCAUGGCAGCUGCCUCGGCGGAACACCACCUGCACAAUUCAUCACAGCUAUCGCUGAAUUCGUCGCAUGACGAGUCGAUGACGUCGUUACCGACGCCGCUCAGUCCAGCGCAUUCGAUUGCUUCCACCUCAUUCGAUGAACAGCACAAUAAUUCGAUUGAUGCGACGCGUUUUCAGUAUCAGCAUCAACAACAACACCAACAACAUCAACAGCAGCAACAGUAUCAACAAAUGGUUGGUGGUAACGCAACCACUCUUGCGGUGGGUAUGCCUGUUGGCGUUGGUGUAGGUAAGGGCGCUCCAACAACCAUGUUGCCAGAUGCUAGUGGCACAACAUCGUUGGUGCAUAACAAUAUGAUCGGUGCACAUUUGACGAACAAUGACCACGCGACAACAGAUAGUUGCGUAGAUGGCGCGCCUGCAAAUGCUCUAUUGAAUCCGAUAACUGGUAGCGUCAUGCCACCCAUGUUCAACAACGCGGCACCGAGUGGCUACGCCACGCCUCCAUCAUCACAGUUGUCACAAACUCCACAUGCACCACUGUCAGCCGGUGGCGCGUUGGUGCCACACGUUACGCCAACCACCUUGCCAACAGUAAGUACCGCCGUGGGUGGCGCGUCCCCCAUGCCCGUAAACUACAUGCCGCUAACAGCCAGUCAGCAACAGCAACUCGCUCAACUGCAAAUGAACAGUAAUGGUGGCGUGCAGUUGCCACCGCCAUCAUCACCAUACAAUGCAACGGCACAAUCGCCGUUGCCGCCGCCGACAUUGCUGCCGCCCACCAGCGCCAUCAGUACAUCGCCACAACCAGCCACAACACUACCGCUCAUUAUGCCUCCAACCGGCAUGGUUCAACAGCAACACCAACAGCCACAAUUGUCGCCGCUGCUGCAAUCGUCGAUUUUGUCGCCCCAACACAGCAGCAAUCAUGUACCGACAGCCAACCAAAUGCACUCGCCACGUGCCAGCACGCCAACGCAGCACUCACCACAAACGGUGGGCCACAACUCGCAGUCGCAAUCGCCGGCCACGCAUCAAUUUGGCGGCCUCUCGCCGAUGAGUCAAUGCGGCACACCACAACCACCACCGCCGUUGAAUAUACACGCGGUUCAGGAGGCAAAAGAGAAGCUGAAGCAGGAAAAGAAGGAGAAGCACGCCACCAAGAAGCUGAUGAAGGAGCUGGCCAUAUGCAAGACAUUGCUGGGCGAAAUGGAGUUGCACGAAGAUUCGUGGCCAUUUUUGUUGCCAGUGAAUACCAAACAAUUUCCGACUUAUCGUAAGAUAAUUAAAAAUCCAAUGGACUUAUCCACCAUCAAGAAACGCUUACAGGACUUGACCUAUAAAAGUCGCGAAGAUUUCUGCGUCGACGUCCGUCAAAUAUUCGAUAACUGUGAAAUGUUCAACGAGGACGACUCGCCGGUCGGCAAAGCGGGUCAUGGCAUGCGCAAAUUUUUCGAACUGCGCUGGGCUGAGUUGACCGACAAGCACUCAUGAUAUCAAAUGCAUCACCACCUCAAGUAUUCUAGUGAUUAAGUGAACACAAAGCUGAAGAAGAGAGAAGCAAAACAUACGAAAUUGAAACUAAAAAAUGCAGAAGCAGUGGAAAUUGAAAAAAAAUGAAAGAAGAAGAUAGAAAGAAGAUAUUGAAAAAGGAAGGCGUGACGAAUUAAAAAUUUUAAUUAUCAAAAAUAAAAAUAAAAGAAAUUCAAAAUUCUUUAAAAUUAAAAAUAAAAAACAAGUUUUAAGCAAAAUCAUAUGCAAUUUUCGGCACACAACAAAAACAAACAUUCAGGCUAAGCAUUAUACAUAAUUAUUAACAAUUGAAUGGAACAAGUGAAGCAAACAAUAUGAGAGACACUGAAGGCAUGCAGAUGAAGCAGUCACAACACAAUAAAAAGAAAGCAGAAGAGUAAACACUAACAGUGAUGUGGUAUUUAUAAAUAUACAUAUACAUACAUAUAUAUAGUAUAUAGUAAUGUGCAUACAUAUAUAUUGCAUAUAUGCAUAGUUGGUUAGGUAAGAGAAAUGUUGAUAAUAACUAAUGUAUUAUUAUCAAAACAACAAAAACAAAGAAAUUGUAACGAAAUAUAUCAGCAAUCAUGUAGAAGGCUAAAAGAAAGCUAAGAAAAGAUAUGCAUCAAAUAAACAAAGAGUAUUAAUUUUAAAUUAAAACUUCUUGUCUAGACAAAUGCGAGUGUAGAUAUGAGUUUGUUGUAGUGUGGGUCAAAGGUAUGAGGAUUUGUGGAAAUUUUAUUUUUUUGAGGGAGAAUUAAAUGUUUUUAGUGUGAGUAAAUCUUAAAAAUUAUAAUUAUAAAAAUUUAAAAAAAAGUUUAAUUAUAAAACAAUAAUUUAUUAAAAAUUGAAUUUAUUUGAAUUAAAUUUUUUUUAAUUUGAGAAUUUCUUAUAUUCUUAUAUUUUUAUUUUAAAUUUUUAAUGUUAAUAAUAAUUUGAAAAAUUUAAUAAAAAAUUAAGUAAAAAAAAUUAAUAUAAAUUUUAUAUAUGAAGAAAAAUUAAUUAAACAUUUUUAAUUCAAAGGAAAAUACAAUUAUUUAUUUUUAGCCGAAUUACAAAGUUUUUUUAUUUGUAUUUCUAGUUUUUUAUAUAUAAAUAUAUUUUAUUGCUUUUUAUUUUUUUUAUCUUUAUAUUUUUUUAACUUUUUUUCAUAAUUUUUUUUUUUAAUUUUUUUAAACCACUUUGGCCCACCUAUUUGUAGUUCAACAUACAUACAAACAUGUUUUUUUAACUUAUAUAUAUUUUUUUGUAAUUUUUUGUAUUUUUUUAUAUUUCUGAUUUCUUUAAGUCACUGUCACACUCAAAAUAUUGACAUAAAAGCGCACACACACAUGCAACUUCCUCACAAGUCGAGCGUUUUAGUUUGCUAAUUAUUUACAUACAUUUACUAGUAUUACUUUAACGCCAGCGCUGCUGCCGCUGAAUUUGUUGGUAGCUACUCGCUAAAUAUUUUUUUUAUAUUUUUUAUACAUACACAGAGACACAUAAACACACCGUUGGUGGGUAAACACUUGUAAAUAUUGAGAAAAAAAUCAUAAAAAAUAAGAAAUGCAAGAUAAAGCAGCUUUCCAUUAAAAUAAAGAACAAUUUAUGCAUACAUACAUACAUAUUUAUAUAUACAUAUAUAUACAAUUUACUGCAUGUAUACAAUAUACACCCAACGAAGAAAUGAAAUAAAAUUGCAUAAUAAAUAAUAAUAAUAUUUACAUACAUACAUACAUUACAUAAUAAAUUAAAUAAUUUUAGUUGAUAUUAGUAGCGAAUACUUUUAAGCGUACAUAUAUGAAUAAAUUAUAAAACAAAAAGAAAAAGAGAAACAAAAAUUAUUAAUAUUAAUAAUUAAUGAAAAAUUAUUAAUUAAAAAAAUAUAAUAUGUAGAAACGAAAUUUAAUUUAAACAAAAAACAAACUAAAAGUAUUUUCCAACUGGGCAACUGCGCUGCAUGUAGCAAAACAAAAAAAAAAAACAAAAACAAUGAACAAUGAACAAAUAAUUUAAAGUAAACGAAAAAAGAAAUUAUUAAAAAUAAUAUAAAAAUUUAUGUAAACACAAUACACGACACUUGAGUAUUUUUUAAAAGUUAAAAUUAAAUUUAAUUAGUUUAAAGGAAACACUUUUAUUCAAAACAAAAAAACAACAACAACUCGUAACACUUAAGCCAUGCAAAAGCAGAAUAUUAAAAGCAAAAACAAAAACAAAAAUCGAAAAUAAAAAAUCGCAAAAUGUCAAAAGAAAACAAAACAAAAAAGAAGCAGCAGCAUAUAAGGAACGUACAAAAGCGAACGCAAACUUUUUACGCUACAAAACACGCCCCCUAAAACCCACACACAUACAUACAUACAUGUACUCACGCUACAAACACACACGACUCAUACAUACAUACAUAUGUACCACCAGCAGCAUUACCGGCAACUCAAAAUACCGUUAAAAUACACUUAGUAAGCUUACAACUCUGUUUAAACACGCAACAAAAAACAACAACAACAA